GCUCGUCGCAUAUUGCGUGUCGCGUCGUGCAUCGCGCAGGUCUGUGAGACCAUUAGUGAUUAGCGAUGAGCGAUGUCCAAUCAGAACUCUGCUUUAAGAAGAAAUAAGAGCUCUCACUGGAUAUCGUUCAUCACUCGUCGCUAAUUACGUCCAGUGUACAAGGCCCAAGACAUAAGCUUAAGAUAUAAGUACAGUGACUAAUCACAGUCAUGAUUGCAAUCUGCUAGAUUGAGGAUGGACUAUGAUUAGUCAAUUUGCUUAUUGCUACUGGCUUAUGUAUAGACCGAAUUUAAUAGAUUUAAAACAAAAAAAUAACUAUUGGAGUAACAAAUUAAUCGUUACCGUUACUGGAUAAAUGUAACUACGUUACAGUUACCGUUCAGAAAAAGUAACGCCGUUAACGUUAUAGUUACCGAAAAAAAGUAACUGUAACGGUAACGACGUUACAAAUAACUCGUUAUUUCCCAACCCUGAAUAAGAAUGAUAAUAACUUUGUAGUAUAUGUAAAAUAAUAAUAGUUAUGUAGACGCUGAAAUUUCCACCUGCGUAUAUUCAUCUCAAACUUAUUAUUCUCCACACAUUAUCAUACUGCAUAUUAUCGUCAUAACAACUUUCUUCUAAUUAUCAUUAAAAGUCUACGUGGUUACUUGUAAAAUAGUAGAGGAUUUUUUUGUUCAGUUUAAUCUAAUAUAUAAGCACACGACGGCAAACAUAGCUAUCACAGCUUAUCUGUCGCGUGUGAUCAUUUACCAAUAUUCUUUAAUCAAUAACUCCAGAUUUUACGUGGUCGUUUGCAAAAUGCUAAAGGGAUUUUGUGUGCAAGAAGCACGUUAUUCUUGGUGCUAUAGUAUAUCUAAACGGCAGUAUGCGCCGAUUAUUUUACAUUUAGGAAUAAUAGAGAUAUAAAGAUGAUACUUUGAUAAUUCUAGCCAAGACGAUAAGAUACUUCAUCUAAUUUAGUGCUUUUUUCUCCUUCGGAUAUCUACAUCGAUCAACUGUUGAAAUACGAACAAUAAGCAGACGAUCGUAGACGCGACGUCGCCAAAAAUCAAAAGUGGAACCGAUUUCGAACAUUGAGUUCAUCGACCUUGCGAUUCGUUGAAGACUAUGAUCUUUAGUGCCACAUGUGAGGUGCGGAUGCGGUUAUAGUGAUAACUGCUUGUACGUUCAGUUUUAUUGUGAAAAUUAUCGCGUAUCCUGUAUUAGUUUUCCUUGAGACAUGCGUUGCGUGUAACCGACUAUUUAUCUUCAUUCGCAAUAGUUAAUCGAUAUAUAAGUGACAGACAUAACGCCAUUGAAGCAUUGUAUGAGUUAUUUUACAUGUAAAGAAGUGCUGUGACAUUAGUGCACGAUAUUUCGACGAAAUUUCCACAAUCACAAGCAUGGAAUUGCUUUCAUUGAAUUUUUUCAUAUUCACCAUAAGCGGCGGGUGGCGGCCUAUCAAGUGGUCGUCGAGCAGCGCUAAGCUACUGUACUCCGCGUUUAGUUUCUACACAAUAAUCACGUUGUAUCUCUUGGUGCUAGGCCAAUUUAUACAUCUCGCCUUUGUCGAUAAUAUGGACAAGUUCACUUUGGAUUCUGUUCUAUGUACAACCAUCUUUACUGUUUGUUGCAAAAUUACGAUCAUUGUGAUACGUCGAGGCGCGAUCAUUGACCUGAUACAAACGUUGUCGCGGAAGCCAUGCAAGCCCCGGGAUGCGGACGAGGUGGCGAUACAAACGAAAUUCGACGAGUUCACCAAGUCGUGCACGAAAAAGUACGCGCUACUGGCGAUGGGUUCUUUCUCGACUUCCAAUAUUCAAUCGGUGCUGAAAGUUAUGGAGGGCAUUUUACCUUACGAAAUGUGGACACCGUACGACUUGAGUUUAUUUUUGCCUAACCUGAUCACGGGGAUUCAGCAGAUGAUAACUAUGUUCCUCGCCACUGUCAUCAACGUCGCCACGGAGACUUUGAUUUUCGGCAUGUUAUUGCAAACGUGUGCGCAACUUGAGAUUUUCGAGAGACGUCUUCACAAAUUGGUGGUCAACAAAACAGACAGAUUAGUCGGCAAACAUCACAAAAGUUUCCCAGACACUUCGACGAGUCAUAAGGAAGAGAUGAUAUCUGGACACAUACGUCAUCAUCUCAUUAUUUACAAGUACGCCGAAACAUUAAACAGUGUGUUCAACCCGAUACUCUUCGUUCAAUUCUUCAUCAGUAUAUACAUCUUGUGUAUGCUUGUGUAUUACGUGGCAUCUCAUGUCAAAGAUUCUCAAUCUAUAUUCAACAUGGUAUACACUAUUUGCAUGUUUCUACAAAUUUAUAUCUAUUGUUGGUCCGGAAACGAGGUCAUACUGAAGAGUGCAACUACAGGAGACAUGAUCUAUCAGACAAAUUGGUUUAUGUUAUCCAACAGCGAGAAGAAAGAUUUACUCAUGAUUAUGAAACGUAGUACGAUUCCUAUCAAAUUUACCAGCAGUUUCCUGAUAACUCUGUCUCUUGAGGCUUUCAGUGGUAUUCUCAAAACAUCGUAUUCUGCGUUCAACAUGUUGCAACAGAGAACUUGAAACAAUUGAGAAUAACACGAGAAUGUAUUAGAUGAUAG